AUAGCCUGUGCACUUUUGAGCAUUGUAGGAAAUUAUGCAAGUAAAUUUGCUGUGUUUUACGGAUAAUUUCAAGUGAAAUACUGCUGGCGCCGAAGUGAGAAAGAAUCAAGUACUGCCAAGUCAACGAUACAAAUAAAGAUGACUUCAACCGAGUCAUCGAAACAGUAGCCUCAUCCGACCUGCCACUACCAAGAUUGCCUCUCAGAACUUCUUUCCUGCAUACCAACACCACGGCAGGAUUAAUCUGACACGAAUAUUGGCCAGCUUGCCAUGGGUGAACUGACGUUCUAGCCGGGGCAUUUGACGCUCGCUAUAAGGACGACACUGACAUAUUUAUCUCUUGGUCAUUUCCGUGGAGAGUUUGGUCAAUGGAAGUAAGACAGAUGGGCUCAUUUGGUAGACCUGGGGAUGUAAUCAGAGAGGAUAACUUUUAAAGGGCACAACCAUUGAGAAUAUCAUACAGUGUGAUGUUUCUUGUGGAUGGUGUUGUUCAGGGGCUUGUUUGUUGUAAAUGAUUAUCACAACAAAACGGAAUAGCAUGGGAUAAAAUUACGAUAAUGUUAUAUUUCUGAUGGAUCUAUCGAAUCUGGGUUCUAAAUCAGGCCCAAUGUGUUUCGUGGUCUGAGCGUUAAUUGGUUAUGUUAGGCAUGUGCCGUAGGAAGGUCUUUCAUAAGUGUGAUAUUUGGCAAGUGUGUGCAGUGUGGUUAAGUGUGUUCGUGAAGGAUAGGACAGGACAAGAUGGAGGGACAUUUUCUGCGGAAUUCCCCGCAGCGUGCGAGUCAUAAUCUGGUGAUUGGCCACUCGUCACCGGGUCAAAAUGGCCAGUGCGGGGACAAAAUGAGACAGCGUGCUAUGCAGGCUGUCGAGUACUAUCAAAAGAUGCAGCGGAAUCCGGAUAAUUUUAAACGCUACUCAGACGCCACGACUGCGUCUGCAGAGGGGUAUCUCUCUGACGGGAGUAGUGCGCCGAGCAGAGAGGGCGCUGUCGAUAACUAUUACCGUGUCAAGUUAAAAGGUCACGGACAAAGUGGUGAGGCGAGGAACUCUUAUGCUGAGCGGAAACAGGUCCCGUUGGCUAACACGCACUGGAAGACAGUCAUGUCUCCUCCGAGUGCGGUUGGUGGAGUACCUUAUAGUCGAAGCAAUACACAACAACAACCGGAGCCAAAGAUUUUAGCCAGUUCUGUUCCUGUGCAUAGUUCUGUGCCGCCUCCUAGUCGCCAUAAGUACCCAAAAUGGCAUAAAAAGUCACCGGAGAAGGGUAAUCUGUAUCGGAGUAACAGUAGUCUUGAUAUUGAUCAGGUGGAUGAGGCACCACCUGUUGUCACUCCUAGUAACAAACAGAAAAACAAACCGGGUAAACCAGUCCUCCGGCGAGAUUACGGCAGCACGUCAUCUCUAGAUCUUCUCGGGCAGAGUAAUCCCGAGAAAGAUAGCUUUUUCUCAAUGUUGAAGAAUUAUCGAAACGAUAACUUGGACCAGCGUAGUCCUGCCCCUGCGAAAAUUCAACAGUUGUUGGGCGGUAAAAUUGACCUUACAAAAUCGACUGAAAAUAAUAGUGUGAAUUUCGCAAAUGUGAAACAAAAUAACGUUGCUGCUGUGGUCGAACAGGAUUCGACGGACGGGAUGACGAGCCCGAAAACAAAGGCUAAGUUCACCAAAGGGAAGGAGAAGUCGAGAAAGGAUAGUGGUCCUGCGCUAUUUCGUAAGCUACGUGGUGCAAAAAGUGAUGGGACUGAAACGACGGGUAAAGUUCCGGAUAAUUCCGAUGAAUUGGACGAACGGCUGCGUCGGAAAGCGUUCGUACAUUAUGACUGUCAGAGUAUCGGUUUGAACCUUCUCGAUCAGAUAAAAAAUCGUAAUCUCUUGAACAAGCGUCGGAAUACGGCGACAGGUGCUUCGGCUGCGUCGGUGAGUUACUCGUUUGGUGGACAGGACGCCGACGCAGACUCCAUCGAUGACGACAAUGGCGACGGCAAGAGUAACGAUCUUGUUCUCUCCUGUCCGUUCUUUCGCAACGAACUCGGCGGGGAGGAAGAACGAACGAUAAGUCUGACGCGCAUGUCAGCGGCGCGGCGCAUGCAACAACUUUUAGGGAAUACAACCGUCUGUGAUCCGGCCGCGCGGUCAUCUUUGUGUAAUGGUGUAUCGACUUUAGACACUUCGACGAGUGCGGAUGGAUUUAGUGAGGUGCCGCUCAUCAUACAUAAGGGAUAUGUAAUAGAGUACGUCGACCAGGGAGCGUAUUAUUACAGGAACUACUUUUUACCUUAUGAGCAUCAGAACUACUUUGGUAACGAUGAGAACCUGGGGCCCGUUGCAAUCAGCAUUUACCGUGGCAAGGUGGAGGAUGGGGACAAGGCUGCGAACAAACCAGGAGAAAACCUGACGUUUCAAUACCGGAUUAUCAUCCGAACUAGUGAGCUUUCAACGAUCCGAGGUAGUGUUCUAGAGGAGGUUAUACCAUAUUCCUCGCGUUUCAGCAGCAAUCGUGGAUUACCUUUCAAAGACAUUUUGGAUUAUGUUGCUCCAGAGAUUAACUUAGCAAGUUUGCGGCUGGCUAUAAGUGGGCCAAAGACCUGUGAGGAGUUGAUGAAGCUCGACGAACAGGGGAUUUCCAAGACGUACAAAGUGGGCAUCAUGUACUGCAAGGCAGGCCAAUGCACAGAGGAGGAGAUGUACAACAACGAACAGUGCGGUCCCGCCUUCGAUGAAUUCCUCCGAUGCAUCGCCGAGGAAGUGCGGCUGAAACACUUUGACGGUUAUCGAGCAGGUUUAGAUAAUAAAACUGACUCGACUGGUACCCAUUCGAUGUACGCCGAGUUCAAAGAUUACGAGAUUAUGUUCCACGUGUCAACGAUGUUGCCAUACACUCCGAAUAACAAACAGCAGCUGUUGAGGAAAUGCCAUAUUGGCAACGACAUCGUUACGAUCGUUUUCCAAGAACCGGGUGCCUUGCCGUUCACGCCAAAAACAGUCCGUUCACACUUCCAACAUGUCUUCAUUAUCAUUCAAGCUCACAAUCCAAACACUGACAAUGUCCGUUACAGUGUUGCCGUGUCCCGCUCUAAAGAUGUGCCUCCAUUUGGUCCCGCUAUUCCCGAUGGUGCUAUGCUUCCUAAGUCACUUGAGUUUGCGGAUUUCCUGCUUGCCAAAGUCAUCAAUGCAGAGAAUGCUGUGCACAGGUCGCAGAAGUUUGUUGCGAUGGCUGUGCGAACUCGCCAAGAAUACCUCAAAGGUCUUGCUGCUAAUUACACCACAAAUAUUACUCCUGAGGCGGGGUCAAAAUUAGGUAAAUUUGGCCUCGGCAGUGGACGAAAACGUGACAAAACAAAGCAACGUGUGAUUCCGGACCUGGCCGUGGCAGGAGCCAUUGUCUGGGCAGUGCAGGUUGAAGACUUUGGCCAGUCGGUGCAGGUGGAUUGUCUCCUGGGUAUCUCCACCGAGAUGGUGGUCGUCAUCGAGGAGGAGACGCGUGACGUAGUCUUUGCUGUCCAUUGUAGAUCUGUGAUAGGCUGGACGUCGCAAACUAACAGCCUGCGCCUCUACUACAACCAUGGUGAAUGUAUCGUGCUGAAAACUACCAGGUCUGAGGGUGAUGAGGUUCAGGAGAUAGUCAGUCGUCUGCUCGCGGUCUCGCAAGGUUGUGAGACCAUGGACAUGACAUUACGACGGAAUGGUCUGGGACAGCUGGGCUUCCAUGUGCAGACAGACGGAGUCAUCUCGGAUGUUGAACCCUACGACAUCGCCUGGGAGAAGGGGCUCCGAAUUGGCAGCCGAUUGGUUGAGAUUUGUAAAGUUGCCACGGCGACCUUGACACAUGAUCAGAUGAUUGACCUUUUGAGGACGUCUGUUACGGUCAAGGUCGUUGUGGUUCCACCAAUGGAAGAUGGAACUGUACGCAAGGGAUAUGACAUUACCACAAGACAUUCAAUAGCUACCUCAGGAGAUUUCCUCGGUCUUCAUAACCUCCUGUCACAAAAACUGGCACCCCGUAUGGCCUCCUCUUAUGCGGACAUCAACGCCGUGCCGUCAGCGCUAGACAGCAAGGUCAGCCAAUCAGGCAGCAGCAACCCAUCCUCCCGCCAAUCGCAGCACAAGGAUUACGUCGACAUAAACAACCUGUACGAUCAGUCAAACAAUUCGUCGUCGAGACAGUCGCAGUAUAAGGAUUACAUUGACAUUAACGCCUUGAGCGAGACUCCGAAGUCUCGAUCAAAGACGGAGGAGAAUUUAGGUCACACUCACUCGGGAGAAAACUCGCAGUCCAAUUCUCGGGAGAGCUUAGAGACGACCAGUGCCAAGCAGGUCUGGUUUCCUCGGCCGUACCAAAAUACUAGAGAGCAAAGAGAUGCCAAGUCCUACCAAGAUGGCGGAGGGGGUCAUUCAGAACGAUGGUACGAGGGGUCAGACCGGUCCGAUCACUCGGGCACAGACACCUCGAGAUAUUCCGAUCCGAAUCAAGCCGGCUCUGGCGUCUACCUCACCCGAUCUGUCGGAGCUUCGCAACAACAAAGUGCUUUCUCCCCAGUCACGAAAAAACCAAAUCAUACACCUCAGGAUAGCUUGGACUCGGACAUGUCGGGGCCGGGGACCUAUCAUAAACAUUCCACUAAACACGCCAAGCCCCAAGAUCAGUCCACGAGUAGUUCAAAUCUAAGUCAGAUUAGCGAUAUGUCGUCACAUUCGCAUUCAAGCGGUUCAUCACACGGGAAGCUGGAUGGAUCCUCUCAUCAUCAUCUUCAUCAUCAUCAACACGGCUUUAUCGGGAAUAAACUUCACACGGGUCAUGACAGACAACGAGAGAUUCAGAAAGAGGAACGAAAGCCGCAGUUUCUAAGUCCCAAUGCCAAAGCUGGUCGGAGAUUACGUGAUAUCAGUCCAUCAAGUAGUGCCAAUAGUAGCCCAAGGGCGUCCAAUAAGAAUCUUUCUGCUGCCCCGUUAGACGAUGCCGCCAUUCGAUUACGUCCAGGAGUGUCCGCCCACUCAAGCAUCAAGCCGACGGAGGCGCUGAAAGAACGGAGCUUUCAGGAGGAGUUGAUGAGGUUGAUCGACCCUGAUGUCUCUGAGGCCGACAUCAGGGGGCACAGGGAACAUAAGGAAUAUAAGCAUUCUAGUCGUCCAACCAGUAUGGUAUCGCCUACUGAUUUCAAACAGUUUCCGCGUCUCCAGAGGACGCUGUCCGAUGAGAGUAUAUGUGGUGCUAACACGCCGAGAUCCAGCCAGAGAUCGUACAUGUCUGCUGCCGUGAGUGAUGUCAUCUUUACCCCAAAUAGACCAGUACCACCCGUGCCUCAACGAUCUGUGGGACUUAGCAAAGAACAAAGGUUAUCGCCGCGGGCUAUCACUGGUGGUACCCCAAUGAAGAACUUACGGAGCGCCCCACCCGCUCGUCAAGAGCCUAGUCCUAUCAUGCCCUUACCAGACAAUCCGUCAGACAUCACAUGGUCACACUUGGUUGAUGCUGCAACUAGAGGGCCUCAUGUAGAACCUGGUCAGAUUGAUGAAUCAACGUCUGCUCGACCGUUGGAUGGUCAGGGUGCUAUGGAAUCUGACCGCUCACCGUCUAAACCUAAACCCAGCCAGGAACAAUCAAUGCAAGAUAAACUAUCUGUCUCAGUCAGAAACCAUCCAUUAAGUGCUCCCACUCCUUGGCGUCCGCAGGUUGUCCCCAGCAGCCAAAAACAAGAUCUAGAGUCAAAAUAUCAUGACCUCCAGGAAGAGCUAGGAAGAGAAAGGAAAGAAAAACAAGAAUUAAUAGCAGAAGUGGAACAGCUCAAGAAAGACAAUCUCCGCCUCCAAGAGGAAUCGCAAACUGCUGCUGCCCAGCUUAGGAAAUUCACCGAAUGGUUCUUCAACACGAUCGACCGCCAGUGACAGUUGUGUUGGUCAACAUUUGUGACCCGUCAAGGCAAAAGGAGGUGCAUGCCGCUCAGAAGAUGAGCCUAAAUAACACCAGGUGAUGAUGGAAGAAAUUGAUGUCCUCAGAUUUCACAAAAGGCAGACAACAAUCAUAUAACAGCAGCCCGUCUCUACCUGCCAAGCUGAGAGUGACAUGUGCCUGGUUCUGCUUUGACGGGUCACAUAUUGACUUUAAACAUCAGGGUUGAUUCAUUCCCUUCUGCAGGGUGCGAUUGUUGUGAUAUACAUGUAUGCACCAGGGCUGUUGAGUUUUUGAUUCAUGAAUUCAAAUGUUAAACUCACGACUGCUAACCGGCCUUCUUUAUUAGCAGACGGGCUGUGAUGGAUUCCUAUCCAUUUAGGCUUAAGAGAGGGAUAAGAGGGAAACUUCAAUAACUGCUACAUUAUGUUCAUGAGAAUUCCUUCUUGUUUGUACAUUCCUUUCAUUAUGUAGGUCUUAGAGAAAUAUGUUGAGUCUCUGGAGGUUUAUUCAAUUAUCAGACACGAGAGAUAGUUAUGCAAAUUUCAUUUUGUUGUAACUUUGUUUAAUAGCGCUGUAGUGUUUUGGAGUGUUGGUAAAUUGGCCUGACUUGGCUGCAGGUAUUGUGGGAAGGCAAAUUGAAAUCAGUGAGGGUUCUUAAACGUUGCUUGUCAAAGGGUACUUUACUGCAAGUACCAAUGUGAACCACUUUGCCUCAAUGGAGCGCUUUGGCAGUUCAGUGCAUCAUGAGGUGGAGUGUCGUGACUUCAUUAACUGCAAAUGUGCUCCAUCAAAGCCCAAAUUGCUGCCAAAAUGAUGUUGAAGUCAUUAAGUAAGACAAAUCAAUAUUGGUCUGUUUCUUUUUUUUCUUAUCCAUGAGUAAUUUUUGGAGGUACGCCUCCCUGCCAACCAUUUUGUUUUGUAAUCAGAUGAUCCAAAAUUGUUGUUCAUUUGUUGUAAUUUGAAACAGUUUAUGUAAUUACGGUGUCAUUCAGGAUUUGUGAAUACAAAACUUUGUCCUAAUACCAAAAGUCUCAGUAUUGAAAAAUGUGCUUGAUGUACCAGGAACUUGUCUUGUGAUUUGACUCCCGUUCAUUGCCAAUCAUUUUACUGGUAUCCCAUAUAGACGUUUACUGGGCAUCCUAUAAAGGUAGCUGUCUUAAACUAGACAGAAAGGGCCCAGAAGUUGGAUUAGGCCUACAUUGAAAUGGAUGAUUUGAAACCUAGACCAAUUCUUCUCUUCAAGACACAGUGCACAGUGCAGAGCGUUUACACAGUCCACAGUGCAUAGUGCUUGCAAAGUGCCCUGGGCAGAGCGCUUACUGGGUGCAUAGUGCUUAAAUACUGUACAGUGCAUAGGGCUUACACAGUGCACAGUGCAUAGGGCUUACACAGUGCACAGUGCAUAGGGCUUACACAGUGCACAGUGCAUAGCGCGUACAUAGUCCACAGGGCAGAGCACUUUGACAGUGCACUGUGCAUCGUGCACACAGUGCACUGUGCUUAUUUAGUACUCAUUGAACCUACAUAUCAAUUUGAUAGUUUCUCCGUCCAAUUCUUCACGACUGUUACAACAGGUCCAUUGUUUUCGACUCAUCAUGCGCUUUUAAAUAUGUCGUCUGCUAUAGCUGGUGUUGCCAAUAUAGAAACUCAACGGGCCUGAUUAUCAGAGAUUUGACGACCAUCAUGUUAUCUUAGAUUUAUACAUUGAACAUCCUUUGUUUGACGUUUUAGAUGGCGACAUUCCUUAUUGUGACAUUUUUGUUCCAAUCAUAUCUUUAAUUGGACAUAGUCGGUGUUAUAUCGAAAUUACCAGCACCAGGAGUGGUUUCCCAAAUUUAAAUGAAUAUUUUUGUAUUGUUCAAUUGUUAAAGGGAUUAUUUGGUUCAAGACAUAUCGCAAAUCUACAAUCCAUUCCAUUGAAAAACAUAUCAUAGAAAUGUGUCAACUCCAGCUGUUUUGUACCAAAUUUCAUCCAAAAUGUCUGUCUGCUCUGGUGAAUGUGAAAGGACAAGAAACAAUAAAAACAUGUCCCAAGAUUGAACCCUCUUAGUAUUCAACAUCGUUUAUCCCUGUCCUACAAGCAUACGUUUUGUACAGAACUAUUUUUGGAGAAUUCCAGGUUUUUUCACCGAUAUUUCUUGUAAGAAUUAUGUUAGAGAUAUUUUGUAGAAGCUGUACAGGACAUAGAGUGACGGGGAUCCGUCGCACGUAAUUUAUUCAUCAGUAUUUCUCUACGUUUUAGAGCAUAGGGUUGUCAUUGGCAACUGGGUACUUAUAAAAUGCAAACUCUGGAUACACUGACUGCCAUUUGGAUUACUUUUUAGGCUGUAAUUAUGUAUAAAGUUUCAUUUCAUGGUGUAUAUAGAAUUCUAGCCUGUAUAUCUGUUUGUUUUUGUACAGGACAUCAUCAACAUAUCCUAUUGGGGAGUGGGGGUCGCAAGAACAAGAAUGUUUUUGCUCUUUAAGUACAAAGUAUGAUUUCAUGUAAAAGAAUUGGGUCUCUAACAAAAACGUUUCUGCAUGAAAAUCUUUUAUUUGAGUUAGCGAAGGAAAACGUCCUAGCUUGGGUAUUACGAAAAUUCACUUGGUUGAUGAUAAUUAAGUCAAAUUUCGUAUUUAUGUUCAAAUAUAUGUUGGCACUGUUCUGUACAGUUAAUGAUACACAGUUAAUUAAUUAUGCAUAUCAUUUACAUAAUGUUAAUAAAUAUUGAGUAUUGUCACAAAUUCUUUAUGAGGGGGGUUGACUUUUAUCAUAAUUUCUCUUUUGUAGGGGCGGUUCGAAAUUUAGUUCUUACAAAAAUUUAUCAGGCUGUAACAAAUCAACAUGAUCAAGCUAUUUGCAUGUUAAACAAGUAAUUUUUGAAAUCUUAUUUUUGCUCUGGUCACAGUUCCAUACAUUCUUAAUGGUUACCCUCUGUUGCCAAGUCACUGAACACAGCUAAGUUGUAAUUACAUGUAGCAUGCGAGUCAACUUGCAUUGUGUUUGCCAGUUUGAUUAUCUUGUGUCCAGCUUACAGAAUUCUUAUAGGGUUGCGUUUACUUGUCAGAAGUUUAGAAGCAGUAUUAUAGUACUGGAGUGUAUCUGCUGUAAACCUAAGUGGAAUUUCACUGAAGUUUGGAAAUGUUACUUGCUGAUUCUGAUGGGUAUUAGGAAAUGGAGAAGUUGACCUGCUCUGUCAAAAGUGGACCAUGAUUGGUAUCAGAGAUAGACAUUGAGUUAUUCUUUGUAUCAGAGAUAGACAUUGAGCUAUUCUUGGUAUCUGAGAUAGACAUUGAGCUAUUCUUGGUAUCAGAGAUAGACAUUGAGCUAUUCUUGGUAUCAAAGAUAGACAUCGAGCUAUUCUUGGCACCAAAGAUAGACACUGACCUAUUCUUGGUAUCAGAGAUAGACAUUGAGCUAUUCUUGGUAUCAAAGAUAGACAUAGAGCUAUUCUUGCACCAAAGAUAGACAUUGACCUAUUCUUGGUUUCAGAGAUAGACAUUGAGCUAUUCACAUGACUUUUGACAGAGCAGGUAAUACACUUCCUUUGAUUCGAAUAGUGAUACCAGUAUGGACUGCUGGGAAAUCGGGUCUACCUCAUCUUAACCUGGUCAUACACUUCUGGGAACGAUUGGUGAUUGACGAUGGGCACUGAACAAUAUGUACAGUCUUUUGAAUUGUACAACAUACUGUGUAUCUUGUUCAGCUCUGAAAGCAAACUUCAGUUUUCACAAUCACCCUGGCUAACAGAUCUCCAUAAUGACAAACAUUUCCCAAUCCAACGUGCCACUGGAGCCGGAUACAAUCAUUUAAAUUACGUCAUACAAUGGUUGCUUGUAGUUGGAAACACUUUUAUAAGACGUCAAGGAAAAUUAUUCUUUGGGAGUAUAUAAAUUCUGGCUCCAGCACACUUGGCAUAUGGCACUAUAAAUCUGAUUAGUCAGGGUUUAGACAACGCUGUAUCAGACCUUAGUACAGUUUCUUCAGUUAUCAGCAGUAUUGGGUCACAAAUUUCUCAAAAUGGGUCACAAACACGGUCCCCUUUCAAACACAGCUUAUUUUUUUUGUACGGGUUAUCAUACAUUACUUACCACGCUUGUCGCAUUCACAGUUAAUCAGGUAAAUGGACAAGAUUACAUAACAAGCUGUUGACCCUUUCCCUGAACAACUGCAAAAGUGGUGUAUGUGAUGAGUUAUAUAUAUUAGUUAAGUCGUGUACAAAAAAGGUUUGAAUGGGAAAAAAAGUUUGAAUGGGAACCGUUACAUAUAUCUCAAUUAUUAUGAGAAUCAUGAAAGUUUUACAUUAUGUCCCCUGGUAAAUGCUGAUUUAUCUUGGCCUGAUGAGAAUUGUCUUUUUAUAUAGGAUUAAAGGUAUAUAAAGUUAUUAUUAUUCAUAAAAAUAGUAAUUGAUGAACGAAAGGAACUGAAUAAAAGAAAGUGCCUGUUCUAAAUAA